CCGAGAGAGGAAGAAAGGCGCCCGCCGGGAAGGAGGCGCGGUUGAAUGAGUCGCUCCGGAGCGCCUGGGCCGGCCCGGGACCUGUUUCGCUUCGGGCCCCCAGCAUGAGCGCGGGUCCCGGCUGGGAGCCCUGCACCAAGCGACCGCGCUGGGCCUCCUCCUCCGCUGCUGCUGCUUCUGCUGCUCCUUCUCCUGCUUCUGCUGCCCCUGAAGCCCGGAGUUGCCCCGGCAGACACAAGAGGCGCGGCCUCCAGCUCAAGGGCCCUCCGUCCUCUGCAGGCGGCAUCCCCAGGCGGGCGGGCUCGCCCCGAGGCAGCGCCCUCUCUCUCGUUUUCAAACAGAAGACACUUACCAGUUGGAUGGACACAAAAGGAAUCAAGACAGCUGAGUCAGAAAGUUUUUGUAGUAAAGAAAACAACAACACAAUAGAGUCCACGAUGAGUUCUGUACAAAAAGAUAACUUUUAUCAACAUAGCAUCGAAAACUCAGAGAAUUCUAAGCUAAAUCUGGAUAAAUCAUCAGUUGAAAAAAGUAUACAGUAUUUGAAUCAACAGCAGACUGCAACUACGUGUAAGUGGCAAAAGGAAGGAAAACAUCCAGAACUGGUUUUGGAAAGUGAACCUCCAAUAGUAACACUGGUGCCAGAGCAAUUUAGUAAUGCUAAUGUUGAUCAGUCACCCCAAAAUGAUGAUCACAGUAACACAGAGAGUGAUGAAAGUAGAGAUAAUCAACAAUUUGUGACAACUCUAACGCUUAUAAAUGCAAAGCAAACCAUAGCAGAUGAACAGAUCAGAGAAGACAGAAGUCACCAAAAAUGUAGCAAAUCUUGCCAUUCUGUGGAAGAGUGUGUUGGUUGUGAGUCUGAAGAGAUAGAUGUGGUGCCAGAGAGUCCCCUGUCAGACAUUGGCGCUGAGGACGUUAGUUCUGGACUGAAAAAUGCCAACAUAUUGAGUCGACAAGAAAGUAGCUUAGGAGAUUCUCUAUUUGACAAAGAUGGUGAGCCCGAGUCUCCAAUGGACGUAGAUAAUUCCAAAAAUAGUUGUCAGGACUCAGAAGCAGAUGAAGAGACAAGUCCAGGUUUUGAUGAGCAUCAAGAGAGCACUUCUUCCCAAGUAUUAAGUAAAUCAAGAUUCCAAGCAAGGGAAGCUGAUGCUGAAUUGAGAAAAUGGUCCUCUGCUAAGGGAGGGGAAUUGAGACUACAUUUCCAAUUUGAAGGAGGAGAGAGUUGUACUGGAAUGACUGAUUUAAACAGCAAAGUACCUGGAAAUUCUUCCAACAUGAUUAUGGAAUGCAGAAGUUCCAAGCUGCAUGGAAAAAAGGAUUCUAAAAUCACAGAUCAUUUCAUGAGAAUGCCCAAAGCAGAGGAUAAAAGAAAAGAACAGUGUGAAACAAAACAUCAAAGAACAGAAAGGAAGAUCCCUAAAUACAUUCCACCUAACCUUUCUCCAGAUAAAAAAUGGCUUGGAACCCCUAUUGAGGAGAUGAGAAGAAUGCCUAGAUGUGGCAUCCGGCUGCCUCUGUUAAGACCAUCUGCCAAUCAUACAGUAACUGUUAGGGUGGAUCUUUUACGAGCAGGAGAAGUUCCUAAACCCUUCCCAACACAUUUUAAGGAUUCAUGGGACAACAAGCAUGUUAAGAUGCCUUGUUCAGAUCAAAAUUUAUAUCCUGUGGAAGAUGAGAAUGGUGAGCGAACAGCAGGAAGCCGAUGGGAGCUCAUUCAGACUGCACUUCUCAAUAAAUUCACACGACCCCAAAACCUAAAGGAAGCUAUUCUGAAAUACAAUGUGGCAUAUUCGAAGAAAUGGGACUUUACUGCUUUGGUUGAUUUUUGGGAUAAGGUAUUGGAAGAAGCAGAGGCUCAACAUUUAUAUCAGUCUAUUUUGCCUGACAUGGUAAAGAUUGCACUCUGUCUGCCUAAUAUUUGCACUCAGCCAAUACCACUCCUGAAACAGAAGAUGAAUCAUUCCAUCACAAUGUCACAAGAACAAAUUGCCAGUCUUUUAGCUAAUGCUUUCUUCUGCACAUUUCCACGACGAAAUGCUAAAAUGAAAUCGGAAUAUUCUAGUUACCCAGACAUUAACUUCAACAGAUUAUUUGAAGGACGUUCAUCACGGAAACCAGAGAAGCUUAAAACACUCUUCUGCUACUUUAGAAGAGUUACAGAAAAAAAACCUACUGGGUUGGUGACAUUUACAAGACAAAGUCUUGAAGAUUUUCCAGAGUGGGAAAGAUGUGAGAAACCCCUUACUCGAUUGCAUGUCACUUAUGAAGGUACCAUAGAAGGAAAUGGUCAAGGCAUGCUACAGGUGGACUUUGCGAACCGUUUUGUUGGAGGUGGUGUUACUGGUGCAGGACUGGUUCAAGAAGAAAUUCGCUUUUUAAUCAAUCCUGAAUUGAUUGUUUCACGACUCUUCACUGAGGCUCUGGAUCAUAAUGAAUGUCUUAUCAUCACAGGUACUGAACAAUACAGUGAAUAUACAGGAUAUGCUGAAACUUAUCGCUGGGCUCGCAGCCAUGAAGAUGGGAGUGAAAAGGAUGACUGGCAGAGGCGUGGCACAGAAAUAGUCGCCAUUGAUGCCCUUCACUUCAGACGUUACCUCGACCAGUUUGUGCCUGAGAAAAUCAAACGUGAACUUAACAAGGCUUACUGCGGAUUUCUUCGUCCUGGAGUUUCUUCAGAGAAUCUUUCUGCAGUAGCCACAGGAAAUUGGGGUUGUGGUGCCUUUGGGGGUGAUGCUAGAUUAAAAGCCUUAAUACAGAUACUGGCAGCUGCUGUAGCUGAGCGAGAUGUGGUUUAUUUCACCUUUGGGGACUCAGAAUUGAUGAGAGACAUUUACAGCAUGCAUACUUUCCUUACUGAAAGGAAACUGACUGUUGGAGAAGUAUAUAAACUGUUACUACGAUAUUACAGUGAAGAAUGCAGAAACUGUUCUACUCCUGGACCAGAUAUCAAGCUUUAUCCAUUCAUCUACCACACUGUUGAGUCCAAUACAGAGAGCAUUAAUCAGCCAGCACAAAGGACUGCUACCUGAGGAAUCAAGUGAAUAGAACCAUCUUCCAAUCCGUAUCUGAAGCAUCCUGUUUGAAUUGUCAAGUAUAAUAAGUGAUCCGAUUUAUCUUAAUAUAAAUGUACUGUAUAUAAUCCACAUUUGUAGGUAAAGAUGCAAUCCCUAUUGCAUAUACAAAAAUUCAUAGUUUAUAUAUCUAAAACCUCUUCAUUUUUGCUUUAUGCAAGUUUAGAUGUAUUCUGUUUCUGCAUCUUAUAUUUGUGUAUUCAUUUCUUGAUUUUUUUC